UUCGCGAAUUGCAGCAUGGACGAUGCCAACGACGUGGCACCGUUCGCGCUCCUCGAGACCACGCAGCCGCGCCCGCCCACGACUGCGUUCGGCGACGAGCCUGCUGUGCUGGACGCUACUGCCGACGCGUCGGACGCAGCUGAGCCCUGCGCUGAGCCGACUGCCGGUACGCCAGCGCCUUGGACAAUUCGAGAGAGCGUGCACUUGAGUGCUCGUCUGGUCGAGCUAAAGCGACGGCUGCGUUCGCGGAGCUUGCCCACAACAGACGAUGUGCCACCGAUCCCAGCCCUUGCACUCCACCCGGUUGGGCCGUCGCCGUCGGCAGCGCGGUCUUUGAUGGCAAAUGAGGCCCAGCAACACGUCAAAGCGUGGUGUGCGGUCAGUGCAGCGCAUGCAGGCUACGAUGCGAUGCGACGACACUCGCUUGAGGUGCUCCGCGACGUGACGAUUCGCUUCAUCGAGACCAUGGGCGCCAACCUCGUGCACGAGACAGAGAAGUGUGCACGUGCCCUUGAUGGCGCACACUCGUCCACCGCCAUGGCGAAGGCGUGUGCGCUCGCUGCGGGCCGCGUCAUGCAGCAAGUAAACUGUCCACCUACCGCGCUGCGCGCCCACCUUGUCGAGACCAUCCAGUACGGUAGUCACUUGCGCCAAGCCAACGAUGCAGUACGCAAGCACCUCCUACGCGACCCAAGCAGCACGACAGCGGGCAGCGAGCCACUGUACGAGGCACUGAGCGGUAUACUCGAUGGCGUGCGCGCUGGCACGGCCGAGUUUGCACCCCUGCCUCGAGCGGGCCUGGCUAUGCCGACUCUACAUGCGCUGCCGACCAAGACCAACACAUCGUCGGCGUGCUCGAUGAAGCGGCCAGCUUCCGCGACGGCGCCACGGCCCAUGAAGAAGCAACAGUCGUUGGCACCGGCCAACGUACUACGCAGCGAGUGCAUCGCAGCGAUCGCCACGGGCUCCAGCACCCUCACGAUCUCUGACCUCGAUGUGACAGACCUUGGCGACUUUUUCGCCACCGACCAGUUGCCACUCGAGCCGUUCCUGCCGUCGCCGUCGCCACUUUUAUAGCCAAAACACGCAGCCAUUUCGAUCUCGUUUGUGCGGCGCAGAUAGCGGGUUGACUUUGCUAGCAUUUGAAUGGGUUGAGUACCGA